AUAGAAUAGUUGCGUUCUCUUUCCUCUGGAUAUCCUCUUCAAACAAGUCUUUUGCCCUUCCUUAAAUUAUAUACAAUCUAUGUGUUAAAUUUUGGACUUGUCACAAACUUGGAGUUGUUGAAUGGUUAUUCUUCUCCUUCAAACUCGAAGCCGAUAACAUUUCUUAAUCUGCAUACAAAAUACUAUUACGCUUGCUUGUUUCUUUCUCCUCCAUACUUAUCUUCUUAUUUGUUCAUUUCUGGUUCACUACGUUGUUUUAUCUCUCUCUGUGUGUCUCCUUUUCUCCUUGAUUUGUUCUCAAAUUUGGUAGUCCUUUUAUUUUUUUCCUGACUCGAGCACUCGGAGCUGGAGUGGAGGAAAGGAAAAGCUAACCCAUUUGUGAGUAGUAUACGGCGAGUGUUGAAGCCGAGGCCGAUGUCACCGAAUAUAGUUUAUGAUGCCAAUGGGUUGCCCCGGAUUAGACUGACUGAGCCAAAUGGGUCAUCGGCAGAGGUGCUUUUGUAUGGAGGGCAGGUCGUAUCUUGGAAGAAUGAACGAAGAGAAGAACUGCUUUUUAUGGGAAGCAAGGCUAUAUGGAAACCACCUAAAGCCAUAAGGGGAGGUAUACCGGUCUGCUUUCCACAGUUUGGAAAUCUUGGUUCGCUUGAGCAGCAUGGAUUUGCAAGGAACAAAAUGUGGUCUCUGGAUAGUGACCCUUCACCUUUGCCUCCAGCUAAGAAUCAGUCAUCAGUGGAUCUGAUAUUGAAAUCCACAGAAGAGGACCUAAAGACCUGGCCGCGUAGCUUCGAGUUGCGGCUUCGUAUUUCUCUCAGUGCAGGAAAGCUAAUUUUGAUACCUCGGGUGAGAAAUACAGAUAACAAGCCCCUCAGUUUUAUGUUUGCUCUGCGCAACUACUUAUCUGUAUCAGAUAUCAGUGAAGUUCGUGUUGAGGGCUUGGAGACGCUGGACUACUUCGAUAAUCUGAUGCGCAGAGAAAGGUUCACAGAGCAGGCAGAUGCUAUUACCUUUGAUGGAGAGAUCGAUAGAGUUUAUCUGACUAGCCCAGCAAAGAUUGCUAUCAUAGACCAUGAGAAGAAAAGAACCGUUGUACUGCGGAAGGACGGCAUGCCAGAUUCAGGUGUAUGGAAUCCUUGGGACAAAAAGGCCAAGGCUCUCCCAGAUUUGAGAGAUGAGGAUUACAAAACCAUGUUGUGUGUGGAUUCUGCGGCUAUCGAAAAUUCAAUUGUCUUGAAACCCUUUGAAGAAUGGACAGGCUAUCAAGAACUAUCUACUGUGUCAUCAAGUUAUUGCAGUGGGCAGUUAGACCCUCGGAAGGUUGUUCAAGGCAUUCAUUGACCCCAUAUAGUAGUAAAUGGAGUUUUUUAUAUGAUCAGAUGUCUUAGUUUCUGUUCAAUAAAAGUGGACUUACUUGUCCAAUAUAAUCUUGAUUGUGGUAAUUAGGAUUCCCAGACUGUGUAGAAUAUAGAAAUAUCAUGCCAGGAUCGAAAUCAAAGUUGAGCAACAAGAACAUUCUGUAUGUUGCCACUUAGUAAUGGGGAGAAAUGCCUCUUGGCAUGGAAGUGUACAGAAGUGAGAUUUAUGAUGUUGCAGCUAAUGGUAUCUAUUGAGUUUUUAAUUGGUUGGAUCCAAAA